AUGCAGUUCAGUAGCCUCCUCACUGUCAUCUCCCUCAUCUAUGCUGCUGUUGCAGCCCCCGGAGACCGUGGAAGUUACACUGUUUCUGGCCUCGGUAGCCGCAAGAAGGCCAUCCUCAAUGCUGGUGGUAACACCCUUGACUUGGCGAUUGCCAUGCUUGAGGAUGAGCACAUGUCAACUGGUUAUAAGUACGGUGAUGGCAAGACUCUUGAUGCUGCCAACUUUGGCCUCUUUAAGGUUAACUGGGGAAUGCUUCGUGUCUGUGCCAAGCGCGCUGGAUUUGUAGGACAGUCUGAGGCACAGUGGAAUAACGGUGCUAAGCUCAACUCUGAUAUCUACGCCGAUGUCGCCUCUCGUUGGGACUGUCAAGAGUACUAUGGUUAUGACAAGUGGUUUGCUGGCCACCGCAACGGUGCUACCGGCUUGUCUAACCCUAAUACCGAGGACAUCCGAUUCUACCGCGAAUCUGUCGAGUGGAUCCAGAAGCAGAUCGACUCCAAGUCGACUUACAAAACUGAUGAUACUCGCUUCUGGGUUGAUGUUACUCCCAUCUGA